GGGGCAUAAAACUUCCAUCUUUGUUGGGAUAUGUUAACAAGAUCCUCAUAUUUCAAUGUCAUUAUUUAGUUUUUCUCAAGGUUAUCAAAGUAUUGAUUAAACACGGCCACAAAAAGGCGUUUGAGGCGCAUCGCGAUGUGUCCCACUUUAUACGGAAUUACAAUCCUCUAUGAAUUGUAAACAAGAAAUAAAUAAUAUGCUCAACAUUGCAUUUCUGUUACAACAAGCAUUAAAGAUUUCUUUUAAAGUAUUUUUUUUUGUUAAAAGCUUUCUAAACAUGCAUAACGAGCUUAAAAUAGGUCGAGGCGUCCCAGAUGAAGCGCCUGUGCUGCGUGUGUUAAGAAUGGGAUUAUUUUUCCCACGACACUACUUUUUAUGAAUGAGAGUUCUUUUGAGCAUCACAGGUAUUGUGUAGAACCAAAAAAGUGCCGCUUCCGCUGGAAAUACUAGCGUAGUAAUUAACAGGAGUACUUAAACAAUAGCGUGUCCCACAAUUAACCAUUGAUGCGCCCCAAGCGUCGACACGAUCAAUCGCCGGCAAUCUUGUACAAACAUCUCAUUUAAACUGUUUUUUGUGAUCUUUUGUGGAACAACAACCCAUCAGAUUUCAGUAAUGGAGCUAUCUGUUAGAGUUUCAAAGCGUUUACAAGCCAAGAAAGACUCUCUAAAUAUACAAGCAUCAGAGCCUGAGUCAUUUCUAAAUGUACUAGUACCAGAGCCUGUGUCGCUAAAAAAUGUCACUCAAAAUAAUGUUUCUGGGUUGACACCUAGUGCUAUAAGGUAUAGAAGACACAGGGAAAAACUACAAGCUGAUCCAGAAAAAUUUGCUGCUUUCAAGGAAAAGGAUAGAAAACGAAGUGUGCUUUACAGACAAAAUAUUACACCAGAAAAGAGAGAAAGAGCUCGACUUUUAAGUAAUUUAAGAACACAAAAAUGCAGACAAAAAAAGAAAGAACUAGGUCUCCCUCUUAAUGAAAAAAAAGUAAAACCUGAAACACGUGCUGCUGUUUUAGAGCGAAGAGAAAAGGAGAGGUUGAGAAAAGCUGCAUACAGGGCCAAGUUAAGCCCACAUGAAAAAGCCUGGAUAAACAGAAAACGCAAAGAAAGAAAACAGCAAGCUAAUAGUACACAAGCUAAUAGUCCCCUUUGUGUCAACUCUGCAGAGGUUGGCGAAUCACUUGGUACUGGAUUCCAGACUCCAGUGGCAAAAAGAAUGGCUGUUUCAAGGGCUUUGAUGAAAUUACCUAGAUCACCUAAGAAAUAUGCUGCAGUUGUUGAAGGUCUCUCACAAAUACGCUCCCCAAGAAGAAGUAAAGCUCUCCAAGACAUAGGCUUUCUGCGUCUACCUGAGAGAAGAAAGCUCAUCUUUCUAAACAACAUUAAUGAAAUUAUCAAAACCUAUCUACACUCUACCAGCAAAAAAAGGAGUCAGAUGUCUAAUGCUCGCAGACAAGUACUCUGCAACAUCCUUACUAAGUAUAACAAAUUCAGAGGUUGUGCUACUCAUUUCAAACAUUUUGGUUUUUCAAGAAGUUUUAUGUCCAAGUGCAAAUCACAAAACAUAGCAAGAAAAAAACGAAGUGAUUGCAUUACACAAAAUGCCUUGGAAACAAUUCACAACUUUUACAGCAGAGAGGAUGUCUCAAGAACUGAUCCAUCUCAAUCAUCUGUGAGUGCACGAACUGGAAAACCUAAACGCUUCAUGCAGAAAACGCUGAAGGAGGCAUAUACUCAAUUGAGUACUCAUGCACCCACAUUAAAGGUAUCGUUCUCAAAGUUUGCUAAAUUGAAACCAUUUAUGACAAAAGCUACUCAACAUAAUAAGAUGCAGUCUUGCUUAUGUGAGUUCUGUAUGAAGAUUUUUCUUUAUAUGGAGGGCAUUAAUAAGUUUCUAAUCAAAAAAGGACACAGAGAGCUGACAUUAAAAAAUCCAGCUUCAUCACUUGACUUAACUCUAUGCCCAAGAACUAAUGCCAAUUGUUUUCAUAAGCUGCAGUGCAUUGAAAGAUCAUGUAGCAACUGUGGUGUGGAUUUAAUUAACAAGUAUUUUGAGCCUUUAAAAAAUUGCAUGGAUGAAUCAGCAGAAUGGAGCAUCUGGUCAAAGAUGACAGAUGAGUAUGUUCAGAGUGAUGGUACACUGCGAAAGGUAAUAAAGUGGCGACCAGUAAAUAAAGAAGGCCCUUUCAAUGACCUAGUAACAUCAAUGCAGAAAGAUUUGGAAAAAUUCAGCCUUCAUCUUUUUACAGCUAACUGGCAACAGCAGCAGUUUGCAGAUUUGAAACAAGAUUUACCAUGUGACUGGCUUUUGCUAGUUUCUGAUUUUGGUCAAAAUUUCACAUGCCACCACCAGGAUGAAAUCCAAGGUGCACACUGGGCUCGAACAGAGGUCACUAUUCACCCAGUAGUGAGCUACUACAGAGACAAAGAUUUGAUAGUCAAAGAAAGCAUGGUUUUUUUAUCAAAUGACCUAAAACAUGAUGGCCAUGCAUCACAACACUUUCAAAUGAAAGUGAUUUAUGAGUUAGCUAAUCGUGGUCAUGCUUUCACUAAAGUUAUCAGUUUUAGUGAUGGAUGUGCAGCACAGUACAAAGGAAAAUUAAAUUUUGUAGACUUAUCUUUCUCAAAGGAAGAUACAAAUGUGUCCAUAGAGAGGCACUAUUUCGGUAGUCGCCAUGGAAAAGGGCCAUGCGAUGCUGAAAUAGGUGUUGUUAAAAAAAAUGCUACAUUGGCCAUUAAAAGAAGAAUGGCCAUUAUUUCUGAUGCAAAGGGGCUAUUCCUUUGGGCAAAAGAAUACAUGACAAAGGCAGAGCCUACAAGUAAAAGAACAUUUUUCCUUGUGGAACAAGGAGAAAUCAAUCGAGACAGGCCUGACAGGUCCAACGAAAAGAUUCGAAGCCUUCAGGGAUCGAGGUCAGUCCAUGCAGUGAGAGGUAUUACACCUUACAAUAUUGCCUACAGAAAAAGAAGCUGUUUCUGCUUUCCUUGCAGAAAUUCAGAUGGCAGUCAGUGCCUGCAUGAUGAAAUAUGUGGAUCUUGGAAUAUGUUCAAACUUCAGAAACAGAAUGUGGUGCAAUCUCAAUCAAAUCUUGAAUCCUCUUUGGAUGUCAGUCCCAUAUGCUCAAAUUCAAAGGCCCAAACAUUGUCCUCCACAAAUCAAAAGUAUAUUGUAAAUAGCUGUGUGAUUGUCAAGUAUGGGGAAAUAUUCUAUCCAGGAGUUGUGACAGAAGUCCUGGAUGAUCAGCGCAGAAUAAAUUUUUUAAAAAGGCACAGAAAUAAAAGAGAUAUAUUUGUAUACCCAGAAGUGCAGGACAUACAAUUAGUGUAUGCAGACAUGAUUGUUACUGAAGUGAUGUUGAUACCAAAUGGCAAUAGUUUGAGAGAGUGGAGAGUGGAAGGUUUUGAUUUCUGAAUAAAAUUUGUGUACAGUU